CACGAGCGCGGAGAUCGCUGUGUGCACAGGCAACAUGGCGGAUCACACAGGGCUCUAGCAACUGCACCCUCCUGCAAAUACCCCCCCGGUCCCUAACUACCCCGCGGGGCACAGGGGCACCAUGAGGCUGCUGUAGCUCCCUUUGCACCCCGGAUCUGUGCGAUAUGGUUUUUCUCGCAGCCCGUGUCCGGAUUGUAACUUCUCCAGGAUCCUAACACGCCUUUGCAUAUUUUUACUCACCCUGGGGGCGGAAAAACACAUUUUCCCACCGGUGUCACUGGAUCCCGCUGCCAGGGAGGGCAGAUCGCUGGAUCCCGCUGCCAGGGAGGGCAGAUCGCUGGAUCCUAUAUUUGGGAGAGGCAUCUUCACUGGAUCCCACUGCCUCGAGGGCAGAUCACUGGAUCCCAGCGGCGGAGCAGUGGGUACCCAGCAGACAGAGCUCUUUAUGGAAUCAUUAGGGUUUGAGGAUUGACACCUAGCUGUUCUCCUUUAAACGGGCAACAUGACUUCCCGGUGGUUAAUCCUCGUGAUGGUCUGCGCGGUUACCUGCCAGGAUGCCACAAACACCACCACAGUUGCUCCAUCGACUGUCUCCAAUUUGACGACGAGCACAACGCAGCCGGCCCCCUCCGAAGACCUUGCUAAUAAGACUGAAGGCGAGAGCGCGCACUUCAGCUCAGCCGGCCCGUUGACGACCACCUCCGCCGUGAUCCUCGCCCCGACGCCCAAUGUUACCCUCAUCGCUUCCACUUACACCCCCACCCUCAACGAGUCUGACCCCGGCAACCAGACCGUCUUCUCCAACGCCACCGCAGCUCCUACCACGGCCGAGGCCACCACUGCGUCCACGCGCGCCCACGUUGUGCCGGCCGAAGAUGAGACGACGGCCACCGUGACGCUGAUUACAUCGACGUCGGAAAUCUCAGUAACGGACGGCGUCACUUCUACAGAUCAAACGACAGAAGGACAAGAUGAGACGCCAAUUAUCGCCGUGAUGAUAGCGCUUUCGUCUCUCUUGGUGAUUGUGUUCAUCAUCAUCGUUUUGUACAUGCUGAGGUUCAAGAAGUACAAGCAGGCCGGGAGUCACUCCAACUCCUUCCGCUUGGCGAACGGCAGAGCCGACGACACAGAACCCCAAAGCAUGCCUCUGUUGGCGCGUUCUCCCAGCACCAACCGGAAGUACCCGCCGCUCCCCGUCGACAAGCUCGAAGAAGAAAUUAACAGGCGGAUGGCUGAUGACAACAAGCUGUUCAGGGAAGAAUUCAAUGCUCUCCCUGCCUGUCCGAUCCAAGCUACCUGCGAAGCCGCAUCCAAAGAAGAGAAUAAAGAGAAAAACAGAUACGUCAACAUUUUGCCUUAUGAUCAUUCCAGGCUGCACUUGUCCCCGAUCGAGGGCGUUCCAGACUCCGACUACAUCAACGCCUCUUUCAUCAAUGGCUACCAGGAGAAGAACAAAUUCAUAGCGGCACAGGGUCCAAAGGAAGAGACGGUGAACGACUUCUGGAGAAUGAUAUGGGAGCAGAACACGGCCACCAUCGUCAUGGUGACCAACCUGAAGGAAAGGAAAGAGUGUAAAUGUGCUCAGUACUGGCCGGACCAAGGCUGCUGGACGUAUGGAAACAUCCGCGUGUCUGUGGAAGACAUGACCGUCUUGGUGGACUAUACCGUGCGCAAAUUCUGCAUUCAGCAGGUUGGAGACGUCACGAACAAGAAGCCCCAGAGGCUCGUCACUCAGUUCCAUUUCACCAGCUGGCCGGACUUCGGAGUGCCUUUCACCCCCAUCGGGAUGCUGAAGUUCCUGAAGAAGGUGAAAGCCUGCAACCCGCAGUACGCCGGAGCCAUCGUAGUUCAUUGCAGUGCCGGCGUUGGCAGGACAGGCACGUUCGUGGUGAUCGACGCCAUGCUGGAUAUGAUGAACGCGGAGAAGAAAGUCGACGUUUAUGGGUUCGUCAGUCGGAUCAGAGCUCAGCGCUGUCAAAUGGUACAAACAGAUAUGCAGUACGUGUUCAUCUACCAAGCGCUGCUGGAGCAUUACCUGUAUGGGGACACGGAGCUGGAGGUCACGUCUCUGGAGACCCAUCUACAGAAACUGUAUAAUAAAAUUCCCGGCAACAGCGGCAACGGCCUCGAGGAGGAAUUCAAGAAACUGACCUCUAUCAAGAUUCAGAAUGAUAAGAUGAGGACGGGGAACCUGCCGGCCAACAUGAAGAAGAACCGCGUCCUGCAGAUCAUUCCAUAUGAGUUUAACAGAGUAAUCAUUCCUGUGAAACGAGGAGAGGAGAAUACAGACUACGUCAAUGCCUCCUUUAUCGACGGUUAUCGGCAGAAGGAUUCUUACAUCGCCAGCCAGGGCCCUUUGCAUCACACCAUCGAAGACUUCUGGCGGAUGAUCUGGGAGUGGAAAUCUUGUUCGAUUGUCAUGUUAACAGAACUGGAAGAAAGGGGACAGGAAAAAUGUGCCCAGUAUUGGCCCUCUGAAGGCACCGUAUGCUUUGGCGACAUCACUAUAGAACUGAAGAAGGAAGACGAGUGUGAAAGCUACACCGUUCGAGAUUUACUGGUGACCAACACAAGGGAAAACAAAGCCCGCCAAAUCAGACAGUUCCACUUCCACGGCUGGCCAGAGGUCGGGAUUCCCACAGACGGGAAAGGAAUGAUUAAUAUCAUCGCUGCCGUACAAAAGCAGCAACAGCAGUCUGGCAAUCACCCCAUUACCGUACACUGCAGCGCGGGAGCCGGGCGGACGGGAACGUUCUGCGCUCUUAGCACAGUGCUGGAGAGGGUGAAGGCGGAAGGAAUCCUGGACGUCUUUCAAACCGUAAAAAGCCUGAGGUUACAGAGGCCACAUAUGGUCCAAACAUUGGAGCAGUAUGAGUUCUGCUACAGAGUGGUGCAAGAAUACAUUGACGCCUUCUCGGACUACGCCAACUUCAAAUGAACCCCGGGGAAAGGACGCGACCGUGGCCUUUAAUGUUUUGUAAUAUUCUAUUUGUUAAUAUAUCUAGAUCAGUGUAUAUAUCUUAACUGUUUUAGAGGAUUGGUACAAUGUGCUUUAUAUUAGCCGGAGAUUUUAUAUGUAGCAAAGUGAUUAGUGCAGGUAGACAUAUUUUUUAAUUUUUUUUUAUUUUUUUUCCCGUUUUAUUGUAUUAUUAUUUGGAUAAAAUAGCUUGAUGUUUGGAUUAAUUGUUUUUAAAAUCAUCUCCCUCUCAUAUACUUUGCAAUUCCCUCUUCUCCAUUUGUAACGGGGAGUAUAAAGCUGUUCCGGACCACGUUCUAGAUAUCUCUUAGAGAGCGGUCGGCGCCGUAGGGUGACCGUGACGACGACGGCUCUCGCUCCAGCGAUUUUUAUUUUGUAAAUAAAUAUAUAAAUAGAAAGUA